CGGGGCGCGUCGGGACGGGGCGGUCGCUGCGCUCCGAGCGGCGGGGACAGCACGCGGCGCGGCCAUGGCGGACGGGGACGGUUCCAGCGUGAAGAAGCGGCGGAAGAAGGAGAAGCGGGCGCUUGCGGAUGAUGAUGUAGCGGACAUUCAGCACACCGAGGACUUUCUCAUCAAGCCCGAGUCGCGGGUGGCGCAGCUGGACACGUCGCAGUGGCCCUUGCUGCUGAAGAACUUUGACAAGUUAAAUGUGAGGACAGCACACUACACACCUCUUCCUUCCGGUGCUAAUCCCCUGAAGAGAGAGAUUUCUGACUAUGUUAGGUCUGGCUUUAUUAACCUCGACAAACCCUCCAACCCAUCCUCUCACGAGGUGGUUGCGUGGAUCCGGCGCAUCCUGCGAGUGGAGAAGACGGGGCACAGUGGCACCCUGGACCCCAAGGUGACUGGGUGCCUCAUUGUGUGCAUCGAGAGGGCCACACGGCUGGUCAAAUCUCAGCAGAGUGCAGGCAAAGAGUAUGUGGGAAUUGUUCGGCUGCACAAUGCCAUUGAAAGUGAGGCUCAGCUGGCCAGGGCCAUAGAAACCCUGACAGGUGCCCUGUUUCAGCGGCCACCCCUCAUUGCUGCUGUCAAACGACAACUCAGAGUCAGAACCAUCUACGAGAGCAAGCUGGUGGAGUAUGAACCUGAGAGAAGAUUAGGUAUCUUCUGGGUGAGCUGUGAAGCAGGCACAUACAUCCGGACACUCUGCGUUCACCUGGGGUUGCUGCUGGGCGUGGGGGGCCAGAUGCAAGAGCUCCGCAGAGUCCGCUCAGGCAUCCUGGGAGAGAUGGACAACAUGGUGACCAUGCACGACGUGCUGGACGCCCAGUGGCAGUAUGACAACAACAAGGACGACAGCUACCUGCGAAGGGUCAUCCUGCCCCUGGAGAAGCUGCUGACCUCACACAAGAGGCUCGUCAUGAAAGACAGCGCGGUUAAUGCCAUUUGCUAUGGAGCCAAGAUCAUGCUGCCUGGUGUUCUGCGGUAUGAGGAUGGUAUUGAGCUUAACCAGGAGAUUGUUGUCAUCACCACAAAAGGAGAAGCCAUCUGCCUAGCCAUUGCCUUGAUGACCACAGCAGUCAUUUCUACGUGUGACCAUGGCAUUGUGGCAAAGAUCAAGAGAGUGAUCAUGGAGAGAGACACAUAUCCCCGGAAAUGGGGGCUGGGUCCCAAGGCCAGUCAGAAGAAGAUGAUGAUCCAGAAGGGUCUGCUGGACAAGCAUGGAAAGCCCAAUGAGAGCACACCAGAGUCCUGGAAGAAGGAGUAUGUGGAUUACAGGGACACUUCCAGGAAAGAAGCAGCUGCUGAUCACCGAGCUGUCUCAGAGGUGGACAGGGCUGCAAAAAGGAAGCGAGACUCAGAGAGUGAAAGUGAUGAAGCUGUGACCCCACCGUCCCCUGCCACACCACCACCAGAGGAGCUGAGCAAAAAGGAAAAGAAAAAGAAGAAGAAAGAGAAGAAGGCCAAAGAGGCAGCUGAGAGUGGGGGAGAACAAAUAGAAGUGACCAGUCAGACCAGCACCAAGAAGAAAAAGAAGAAACAAAAGGAGGUAGAAGAGAGCUCGGAGUAAACAACUGGAUCUGUCCAAAGCAGGCAACCUCAUCAAUAACGAGGGAGGAGUUUUAGGCCUUGAGAGGAGGAGGACUGGCUGUGUGGCAGAGGAGCCAGCAAGUUCCAAGUUCUUUUCUGCUGUUUAUAUGAGUGGGUGUUUGACCUGCUCAGGUGCCCCUCUUCAUCCUGUUUUAAGGGUUGCCAGAGGAGCGGGGUGCCUCACUGUCCCUGCACUGGAUUGAUCUCUAAAGCUGAGCACCAUGAUGCCAACAGAAGUGGUAUCUUCAGGGAGACUGUAGCUUCUGGCUCUUCUUUGGUCUCUGUUUUCACCUAGAGAGGGUGGAAUCAUCUUUCUGCCCCCUCAUGUACUGCCUCUUUCUUCCUCUUCUCACAAGGCUGAAGCUGUUACCUGGCAGUUAAAGAAUGUUAAAGAAUGCUGCCUGGAGGAGUGGCUUUGUCACAGCCCAUGUGAAUGGGUUUGCAUGGGGACAGUCAGAUCAGUUAUUUUUGAGGGACUGUGUUUUGUUUUAACCUGGCCACACACUUGGCUUGACCUUCGGUUAAAUGAGAACAAAUAGUCCACCCAGAUUAUUCUUCACUCCUUUUUUUCUCCCUAUAUCAUAAAAGGAUUAGAAAAUUUCA